AUGAGUUACCGGGGAAGAGGUAGAGGUGGCUUCCACAAUAAUAACAACAACAAUAAUAACAGAAGUAACUUCAACCAGCAAAAUGUCGAUCAAUUUGUCUCAGCAAACUCAAUUCCAGUUGAAAUUUUAGGCUGGAAUGGUGCAACUCCAGACGAGUGCAUUAAGUUCAUUUCGAGGAAGUGUAGAAUAGUUGUGAGUAACUCUAGCGUUGAUCCAGCUACAGGGGUAUUAAAGGGUUACGUGAAGACUCCCAAGGAAGCAGAUGAAUUAUGUACUUGGUCUGGUGUGAAAUUCGCCGGACAGUCAUUGAAAAUUACAAAAGCUACGGCAGCCGACUCUAUGUCGUCACAAAUGGGAGGAACAAUCGGUAACAGUGGUGGCUCUACUAUUGAAACGAUUACUCUGUUUUUGAAAACCAGAUAUCAACCGGAAAUUAAAAUGUUGAAUUUAAGUAGCGUGCAGCAAGAUGCUAAUUUGGUUUCAAAGGGUUUCUUUGCCUCCAUAUCGACCACAUCAAAGUUUUUCCCGGCUUUAAUGAAAAUAGCAAAAGAAUUGAAGCUAGAUGUAAAUAGUGUUGAUUUAUCUGGCAAUAAUCUAACUGAUAUCAGCACAAUCUCUACUUUAGCACAAACCUUUCCAUUAUUACAAAAUUUGUCUUUACUGAACAACAACUUCAAUCGUUUAAAGCUGUUUGAGACCUGGAGGCACAAAUUAAAUUUCUUGAGGGAAUUGAUAAUCAUAGGUAAUCCACUUUUUAACAACCAAGCAAAUCCAAAUGAUGUUUUAAAUAUCAAGAUCGAAUUGAUGAAAUCAUUCCCAAGACUUAUUGUGUUGAACGGCGAGAUAGUCAGAAAUGAACAAUUGUUACUUAGUAAUCUUACAUUUCCUUUUGAAUCGUCUCAAUCAAUGUUUUUCCAAGAUGAAGAAGUACAAAAUAUGUCGACAAAUUUCAUUACCAAUUUUUACAAGUUAUGGGACAGCAAUAGACAAGACUUAUUGGUUUUAUAUCAGGAGAACUCUCAAUUCUCAAUGCAAGUUGACUCAUCUCAUCCUUAUGUCAUGGACACAAAUACAACAGGGAGUUAUGGCAGCUCUACAGAUUUUGGCUACUACUUACCUCAAUCUCGUAACUUGACCAGGGUAUCUUCUGUGAAAUCAAGGGCUACUCGUGUUGCUCAGGGCCAGGAGCAAAUAUUCAAGUUGUUUUCACAAUUACCCAAAACCCGUCAUGAUUUACUUUCCCAUCCACAACUUUUUAGUAUGGAAAGUCAUAGGUUCCCGCAAUUGAACGGUAUAAUAAUUACUUUACAUGGUUCAUUUGAAGAAACAGCAAUCCCAGAUAAUAAUGAAGCGGUUCUGGGAAAUCAAGGUCAGCCAAGAAAUCGUUAUGGCUCCCAAAAACAUAAAAAAAUUGCAUUAAGUACAAAAAGUUUCGACAGAACAUUUGUCGUCAUUCCAGGACCAAAUGGUAGCUUUAUUGUUGCUAGUGAUCUUCUCUCGAUUAGAUCGUUUGGUGGAUCUGAGGCGUGGAAUGAUAUAACAAGAUCAGCAGAAGGAACGCCUCAACCACAAGUAGCAGCUCCACCUGCUAAUAUUCCACCAGUAGCUCCUCCAAGUCAAGUCCCUACUCCAACGCCAACAGCUGCGGAUUUACCUGCUGAAGUGAAAGCAAAUUUGAACCCAAUACAACAGGACAUCUUGGUAAAGAUAUUGUUAGAAACCAAAUUAAAUCUUCAGUAUGGUAUUAUGCUUUGUGAACAAAGCAAUUGGGAUUACCAGCAAUGUACUAUAAAUUUUAAAAACUCAGUUGCAUCUUUACCGAGAGAUGCGUAUAUAGCUUGA